AUGGCGGCGCCGCCGUGUGUAUCCUGCGCCGCCGAGCCGCCCUUCCUCCCACAAGCCCCAAUUCACUCCUCAUCCUCGUCCUCGUCCUCGUCCUUCUCCUCCUCUUCCCCUUCCUCCUCCUCUCCGCCUCCUCCCGCCCCGGGGUCCUCCGUCCGGCGGGUUUCCUCCCCACGCAGGGCCCUCCGGCUCCUGAGUGCCGCCCGCUGCCACACCCCGCGCCACCUCCGGCAGGCGCACGGCCACAUCGUCCGUCGCGGCUUGGGCCGCAAUCCGGCCCUCCUCACGGCGCUCCUCCGCCGGUACGCCGCCCACGGGGGCGCCCACAUCCGUGCCGCCGCCAGCGUCUUCUCCGAGCUCCCCUUUCCUCCCCCUCCCUUCGCCUGGAACGUCAUGAUCCGGGCCCUCACCCUGGAGGGCCGCCCCCUGGAGGCCCUCUCCCUCUUCUACAACCGCAUGGCCGCCGCCGGCGUCCCCCCGGACAAGUUCACCCUCCCCUUCGCCGUCAAGGCCUGCUCCUCCUGCGGCGAGCUCCGCAAGGGCAUGGAGCUCCACGCCCGCGCUGUCAAGGCCGGCCUUGGGGAGGACAUCUUCCUGCAGAACACCCUCAUGCACCUCUACCUCCACUGCGAGGGCGGUGACGGGCUCUACGCCCACAUCCUCUUCACUAGAAUGCGCGUGAGGAAUGUCGUCUCCUGGACCACGCUGGUCUCCGGGCUGGUCGCCCGCGGGGACCUGGAGUUCGCCCGCGCCGUCUUCGAGGAGAUGCCGCUGCGCAGGAACGUCGUCACCUGGACGGCGCUGGUCGACGCCUACGCCAGGAACGGCCGUCCGGAGGACGCCUUCGAGAUGUUCCGGCGGAUGCAGGUGGAGAACGUCCGCCCCAACGAGUUCACCGUGGUAGCGCUCCUCAUCGCCUGCACCGAGUUGGGCAGCAUCGAGCUCGGCCGCUGGGUCCACUCCUACGCUCGCGACCACGGCGGGCUCGACGGCGGCGCCUUCGUCGGCACCGCGCUCGUCGACAUGUACAGCAAGUGCGGCAGCCUUGUGGAGGCGCGGAGGGUGUUCGACGGCAUGCUGGAGAGGACGCUGGCGACCUGGAACGCCAUGAUCACGAGCUCCGGCAUCCACGGGCACGGCGCAGAGGCCGUCACCCUGUUCCGGGAGAUGGAGGCGGCGGGCCUGCGCCCCGACGAGAUCACCUUCCGCGGCGUCCUCUCCGCCUGCGCCAGGGCCCGGAUGACCCGCGAAGCCCUCGAGCUAUUCCGCCUCAUGCUGGAGGAGUACGAGACGGCGCCCACCGCAGAUCACUACCGCUGCGUGGCGGAGAUACUGGACCAGGCCGGUGAGUCGGAGGUGUGCCGGCUGCUCGAGCAGCUCAGCGCCGACGUGCGGCGGGCUCUGCUCGUGGCCUGCCGCUCGUACGGUGCCACCAAGGCCGAAGCUCUGGUCCACUCCAUAGAAACAUCACGCCGGUCCGCCGCCGCCGGCGUCGGCGUCGGUGGCGAAUGGCUUCUCCAAGACAACGGGUAG